AUGGGAUUUUUACGCUUAAUCAUUGAUGCGACCAUGGGAUUUUUACGCUUAAUCAUUGAUGCAACCAUGAGGUUUAUCAGCAAGCUUACGCAACAAGGAUUGGAAUUGCAACGAAUUAGUCGAAAAAGAUUGAUGACUAUUUCAUUAAUUGCAAUUAUUUUUAUUGCGUCCUUUUAUUUUAUUUUCGUUCAGGUUUUUAACAACGAAUCUGGAAAUGAUGCAGAAAACGAAUCUAAAAAGCAUCCCGAUUCCCCAUAUGAAGACAUUGCAAACACAGCAAACACUUUGUCGGAUAGAAUAGCUAAACUCGAGAUUCCUGAGACUUCAGUCAUGGAUCGUCACCGUGUCGUGUUCCGUGAUCUAGCAAUCAUUCUUAAGAAAAGUGAUGUCAUUUCUGCGAAUGGUCGUCCGAUUUCUGAUCGUCUUUUCAGUCUUGCCAACGAAAUCCGCGAAGCUGGUGACGAAUUGGGCGAUUUCAGACAUCACGCUUCAAACUUUUUCUACGCCUUGCACACCGAAAUGUCUGCAAUUCAAGAGAAACUAGAAGAGAUUAAUCGAGUUGAAAAUAGCUUCUUCUCUUCGAUAGAAAUUAAAUUCCGCAUUACUGAAAAUUUCGGAAUGUUGGGCGGUCAAUUUCGCUCAAGCGCCGACGAUGAAGGGUUUAUACAGGAUCGCCUCAAAACUUUGGAAGAUAUGAUACCCGAUUUUCAGGCACAGUUAAAGAAAGUUAUGGAUUCGUUGGACAAAAUUCAAGAGAGUGCAACUAACACACAUGAAUACCUGAUCGAUGGGGAACGAGAAGCGGAACAGGUUCUGAAACGCGCAUGGUUCGGUGCAAUUAGAGAUUACGAAGAUCGUGUCAGGGCGGAAAAUGAAUUAGGACAAGUUCGUCUUGCGAUCAAAAUGUUGCGUAAGAUGGCGUCGAACCUUGUAAACUUUGAAUCUUUUUUGAAACAAUAUCGACGUCAAGUACAGGAUGUUAAAUCACAAAUUCACGUAAAUCGAGCAAUGUUAAAACCCACUAAACAAGAUAUAAAAUAUCUAAAGAAUAGCGUUAAAAAACUAGAAGAAAAUCAUCGACAAUUUGACUUAGCACAGAAUCGGCUAGAUGAGAAAGUCUCUACCCUCGAUGAAAAAGACUUAUGGGACGUUGACGAUUAUAGUUCUCGAAAUAGAGAUUGCACUGAGUUUCAAAUUUUCUUCGAGAAACCUCAAGCCUAUUUACGCAGUAUUCGUACCUGGAGUUCGCAUGGUAUCAAUGCAUUGGGUUUCAUUUUCUCGGAUGACAGUGCAGAGAUUUUCGGGAUGCCAGGAGAUGCAACUCCUCACGAUUUCCCUUGGCAAAAAGGAGAGAGACUAAGGGAAUUGAUAUUCAGUUUUGGAAGUAUAGUUUAUGGAAUUGAAUUUGUGACUAAUAGUGGUCGAGUGAGUGGAUGGUAUGGUAAUCCAGAGCUUGGGAACAAAUAUGUGAUUCGAGGUGAAGGAAAAGAGUGGAACGGUGUGCAUGGAAGUUUUUCGAAAUAUUUGUGUAGCAUAGGUGUGAAAAAUCAGUAA